AUGGAGUAUGAGAAGCAGGUCCAGGAGACGAAGCUCCCUGCCUCGCACGACUACGAUGCAGACCAAGAACGGGACGUCGCUGCCCACGCCGCACCUCUCGCCGAAGUGCCAAAGGGGAGAUGGGAGCGAUCUUGGCCAGUAAUAGCUUGUGGAGCUGGGCUCUUCUCCGACGGCUAUCUGAACGGUGUUAUCGGCUCAGUGUCGACGAUGCUGCAGCUCAUUUAUGGUGAUCAGUACACCAAGUCAUCGUACAAGAGUGCUGUCCCUAGUAUUGCCUUUGCGGGCACCGUGGUUGGACAUCUGUUCUUUGGGAUUCUGAGCGACCAUUGGUCUCGCCGUAAUACGUUGCUCAUUUCCACCAUCAUCCUCAUAAUCUUUUCAAUCCUCUGCGCCGGCGCCUAUGGAGCAGGUGGCAGCACCCAAGGUCUCUUCGCUGCUCUGUCGGCCUAUCGUUUUCUGAUCGGCCUGGGUAUUGGAGGAGAAUACCCUGCCGGGUCGGUUGGCGCGGCCGAAUCGACCGGCGAACUCAAGAAAGGCCAUCGCAACCGCUGGUUUAUUCUCGCUACCGACUUUCAGAUUGAUCUGGGUUUUGUCAUCAGUGCAUUCGUCCCUAUGAUUGUGGUGCUUGCGACUGGCGAAAACCACUUGCGUGCGGCGUGGCGGAUCUGUCUAGCAUUAGGGGCCAUUCCGCCACUGAGUCUGCUCUACCUCCGAAUAAAACUUCAAGAACCGGAACAGUAUAAUCGCAACAAGAUGCACAAGUUUCCGGUGUGGCUGAUUGUCAAGUUCUAUUGGUGGAGAUGUACAGUCAUUUCGGUCAUCUGGUUUGUUUAUAACUUCUCCGCCUAUUCCUUUGGCAUCUUUGCGUCGUCAUGGCUGGUCUUUAUCCUCCCCACAAAUGCACCUCUGUGGAAGAAUUUCGGGAUGGCUACAGCCAUCAACAGUUUCUGGAUUCCAGGUUCCCUCCUUGGUGCCUUCCUAGCGGACUGGAUUGGUCCCAAGUGGUGUCUCAUCUCGGGUGUUUUGUUGCAAGGUAUCGUUGGUUUCGCCAUGACGGGCGCCUAUUCGGAGCUGAACCAUCCUUCACGGGUUGCCGGGUUCAUCAUCCUGACCGGUAUCUUCAUGGCCUUGGGUGAAGUUGGACCCGGCGACAACAUUGGCCUAUUCGCAUCCAAACUCUCUUCCACCCCGAUCCGCGGACAGUUCUACGGUAUUGCGGCGGCUUGGGGAAAAGUGGGCGCCUUUGUCGGCACUUAUGUGUUUCCUCUUCUAAUUGAUGCUGCCGGCGACGACACGGUCAAGCAGGGCCAGUAUCCCUUUUGGGUCAGCAGCAGUCUGUGCAUCUUCAGCGCGGUUGUGGCGUUUGUGGGGCUGCCGAACGUUGGCCAGGGCAUGAUCGAGGAGGAAGACGAGAGAUUCCGGCGAUACUUGGAGGAGCACGGCUACGACACGAGCUCGUUGGGAACGAAGAAGUUUCGGGACGAGACGACCGGAGCUCUGUAG